UUGAAGGAAGAGCGCUGGUUGAAGGGAGGAGCAGGUCCAGCUCCUGUCCUCACAGGCCUGCGUCCCUUCUCUUCUUCCUCCCACUUCGCUUCCCGCCCUCGAUGCCUGCAGAGCUGGGUAUCGCGGCAGCCAGCACCAGUGAUAGCAAGAGACAGGUGACAUGAGAGAUUGGGCUACGUGCUCCAUCAAAGAACUUACUGGUAGAAGAUAUACUCUCGAGUGAGACUGGAGGACAUUUCAAGAUGGCCAAAGACGAGCCGCCAAGUGUCUCCAGAGACUUAGAGGUGCUGCGAAGGAAGCUGUGCUUGCUGCUAGAUUCCUUCCAGAGCAACGCAAAGGUGGUUGCCUUCAUGAAGUCCCCGGUGGGUCGGUACCUGGACAGGCACCCUUUCCUGGCUCUCGCCGUGCUGAUGUUUGUUACCAUGUCAGCCAUCCCUGUUGGCUUCUUCCUGCUCGUCGUGGUGCUCACCUCCCUGGGGGCUCUCAUGGGGGCCAUAUUACUGGAAGGACUGAUUAUCUCUGUGUGCGGCCUCUCACUGCUCUGCAUCCUCUGUAGCUUGGGCUUCGUGUCGCUUGCCAUGUCAGGGAUAGCCAUGAUCUCCUAUGUGGUAGUGUCCUGCCUCAUGAGCUACUGGUUUUCUCCCAGGAAAUCUUUGGAGAAGCCGGACCCUCACAGUGCAGUGGGGAAGGGGAACCUUCUCCAGAGGACUGUGGACGAUCUCUGAUGGCCCCUGACACAGCAGCAUGCCAACACCAACUGUCAGCUGGCUAUGAAGUCUGCAGACUUUGAGGGGCUCUACCAGGAAUGAUAGGCCGUAUGGAACCAGAGAUUGCUUCCUAAGCAUGCUGGGAAAGCUCUUCGCCUCUCUGCUUGGGUCAUAGCUCAGAGAGAGGGCUGGAUGCUUGCUCUGCUUCACCACUCACUGUGUCUAAACUGCAGUGGCUGGAGCCAUCUCCCCAGCCCUCCCCAGCCCUUCCCAAUCCCCAGUGUGCAGUCUUGACCUUAGCAGAGUCCCAGGCUUCUAGAACUGGGAAGCUUGACCACCAGGGCCACUGGGUUGAGUCCUAGGUUCCAUUUGGGGUAAGGUCGCUUGUUUUUGAAGUUUAGUUUCAUUUUAUUGGGAGGGGGGAGGAUGAAGAAGAACAUUUUCUCCAGUCAUUUGAAAGAAGAGGUAAAAGAAAUAACCCAAAGAGAGUCAGCUCUCCUGCCUGUAUUGCUUUUCUAUCAGAAAGAGCAGCAACAUCUGGGGAUUGUGGGCUGACUUGAAAACAGUCUUAACCUUGCAGCUAGGAGUCCUUUAGUCUCAAGGCCUAGUUGCGGAGUGCCUUGAUCGUCGGCAUAUUUGUACUUGAUAUGUUUAUAUUGUUUUUAAAAGAAUUUGCCCUGUCAAGCCAUUUCUUGACAAACAAACAAACCAAGCACAUACUGAAGACUACAAAGCAAACAAACAAAAAAGUCUGUGUGGUUUCCUCUUUACAGUUAUUAAAUAUUUAUUUGGUUCUUGCUA